AUGAAUCCAAUACUCUUCCUUUUCCUUGCCACUACUGUCUACGCUCUUCCAACAAUCGAAACGCGGACAGAACACAGAAUUUUCGCCACCAAGUUGAGCCCAAAAUCGCUCAUUGACGAAAUCAACGAGGAUGCCACGUCGACCUUCAAGGCUACGCUUCACAAACAGUUUGCCGACGCCUCGUUGGACGAGGUCCGAAGGCUUCUGGGUGUCAAAGAAGAUCAUGACACUGUGGUUGCCAAAGAACUUGGACGUUCACUCAAACAAGCGCCCGUUUUUCUUGCCGACCCACUUAAAUUGCCCACCGAAUUCGACUCCAGAACGCGUUGGCCGCAAUGCAAAGAGCUGAUGGAUGAAAUCAGAGAUCAAUCGUGGUGUGGUAGUUGUUGGGCGGUUUCUUCGGCUAGCGUCUUGUCCGAUCGUCUCUGCAUUGCCAGCAAUGGAACGCUUCAGGUGCCAAUCUCGGCUGCUGAUCUUCUGGAGUGCUGUGACUAUUGUGGAAGCGGGUAAGACUGUUAUUAUAAAGGAGCAACCCUCUAUCGCUCCAUAAUACCUCUACCGUUGCAUGUCUUAUAAUUUUUUUUCAGCUGUGUUGGUGGCUACCCAUACCGCGCUUUCCACUACGUCGAGCAGCUUGGUGUUGUGUCGGGAGGCAACUUCUCGUCGCAAGCCGGCUGCAAUCCUUAUCCAUUCCCUCCAUGCCAUGCCGCGGAUCAUGACAAAUAUCCUCAGUGUUCCAAGAGGAAUUUCGCUACUCCAAAGUGCCUGAAAAAGUGUCAAGACGGCUACAAGCAGCAUGACUACAAAACUGACAAGUAUUACGGUAGGAUUUUUAAUUGAACGCUUGUAGAUAAUAAUGCUGUGAUAUCUGACAAAUUUCUUUUAGCCUCGUUGUCGUACAGUUACGUCCGUGACGGCUUCGGAAUCAUGAAAGAGAUCUAUGAGCGCGGACCAGUCGUGAUUGCGGCCUUGGAAGUUUAUGAAGACUUUUUGUACUACAAAUCGGGAGUUUAUCAGGUAAUCAAGCUAAUAUCUACUGGAUCAGUCUGUCGGGAAAAUAAUGAGCACUCUAUGGCCUGAAAAAUUGCAUCACCACCGAAAAAAUGAGUUGUUUUUCAAUUCAUUGACGCGAUUGGCGCAGCAACAAAUACUCAUUAUUUUCCCGACAGACAGACAUGACGAUACACUUACAGUGUUCUGUUAACAUUAGCUUGUACGCUGCUAAUACUAUAUAAAAUUUUCAGCACAAAAGAGGAGGGUAUCUUGGUCUGCACGCGGUCCGAGUAAUCGGCUGGGGAGUUGAAGACGGAACCCCGUAUUGGACGGUCGCCAACAGCUGGGGAUCUCAAUGGGGAGAGAAUGGCUUCUUCAAGAUCCGGCGAGGAUACAAUGAGGCAAAUGUUGAAGGGUCUGUCAACGCCGUCGUUGUUGUUCCAAAGUCUCCAGCGAACUGA